UUAAUAAUCUAUUUUAUAUAUUAUAAUCCAACUGCACCAAACCAAAUGGCUGAUAAUAACUCAUUUACCCCUCAUCCAAACUACCAAGGAGCUUUUACCCCGGUACAAAUAUCGAAGGAGGCUAAAUCUUUGAACAUGUUCUUCACGAACAUCUAUAACGUGAAUGUACUAAUUCAAAACGUGCUGAAUCAAGAACAAAGGUUAAAUUUCUUAUACCAAGGAGACCAGCCUGGUCAAUUAAAUUUACCCCAAAUUACACCAUCAGGUCCUACAUUAGGCCAGGAAGAUGGACUAAAGGUUCCCAACCAGGGUUCUGAAGAGGACAAUACUUCUACAAGUGAAGGAAAGAUUGUUACAAAGGACUCUCAAGGCAUCAUUAAUCAAGGGGAUAGUCAGGCUCAAAAUUCCGACUCUAGUAAGACUACCCUUGAGGAAAAGAAGUCUACUGAAACAGGUGUUGCUCCUAUAAUGGCUUGGAACUUAAAGAUUGACAGCAACUGUAAAUCUCAAAAUUUGGACCCGACUACUUUACUCUCCAAUCUGACUUCUUGUGAAUGUCCAAAUUUUGGUGCCAGCAACACCAAACAAGAAAUCAAGAAAAUUCCCAAAACUGAGAGAAGAACAGUUGAUGCUGGAAAAGAUGGCAAUAUGCUUCUCAAGAUGCAACGAUUCUAUCAAGCCUUCUACAUGAAAAUUUCCAAAGUCCUUCCUAAGGGCAUGAAUUCGAAGAAACAGAUUAUGGAGGCGAUGUGUGAUAAACUGAGGAAAACUACAUUGCUAUCUGAGGUUGAGAAGGAAGAUCUCCUCCUACACCUUGGCGCAAUUAUUUACCCAUCAAAAGCUUAUCUUAAAAACAAAGCUGCUUUUAUGAGUUCUACAAAAUCAAGUGGCAAAGAAGGUGAACUUAAGGCAAAGAAGGCCAUUUUCGACUUCCACGAUACUUUAUUAAACUUCUCUGCUGAAAAAUUAGGGAAGUUGCUAUCUCAGAGCACCUUUGACAAACUCUACGGUGCAUUUUUGGAUAACCUCAAUAAAUCGAUCAAGAAGAUAUCUGAGUCUUCUAAGUCAGAAGAGACUGUGUCGAAAUUAACGAAUAAAAUUUCAGGUUUAUAAUCCCAAUCCAGAUCUACUUAUAGAUCAUUUUUAAUUUAACUAAUAAUUUAUCAAUC